UAUGAUUAAUGACCUCCAAUUAAGUGCUGAUUCUUAACAUUUAUAUGAUUUAUAUCCAACUAAUAAUUCAUGCCCUAUAGGAGAACUUAUGGAAGCAGAUUCACCUAACAAAAGACACUAUGUAAGUUCAUUAUGUUUCUAAUUAAAAAAGUACUAUAAAUAGAUAUCAUUAACAUUUUAGAAAAAUCAAACGACAUCAGAAUAGGCCAAGUAUAUUAAAAAUAGAAGAUAGUGGAAGAAAUGUCAAAAUAUAUUAGAAUACUCCAAGUUAAAAUAAUUUAGAGAGAAUGGAAAACGAAUAUCAAUGACU